UCUCUCUCUCUGCUGCUCUGCGGAAUGAUAUCUCUUUGACAGGAUAUACCCUUUUCUUUUCUUUGAAUCAUACACAUCUUUUUUCCCCACCAUUAUCUACAUUGUUUCUUCCAAACACACUUGCACUCUUUUUUCUUCUCCAUAUACUGUUUCUACCCUUCUUUUUUCACUAACCAUAUAUUGUUUUCACUUUACCUAGUUGUCUAUCUCUGCCAUUACUUCUAUCUCUCUGUCUCACCAUGUGUACUGGAAAGUGCUCCAAAUUUAUUGGGAUAUCUCUGUACCCAUUUUGCUUCAUCUCCAUCAUCUGUAACAUUCUUCUGCUUUUUCCUGGAUGGAAAGUGGAUGCAGUGCAAGAUCCAGAGACCAAGCUCACACCAGAAGUUCUGUAUCUUGGGGGCCUUAUGGGGAGUGGCGUUAUGGUACUGAUUCCUGCAAUUUACAUCCAGUGUACAGGAAAGCGUGGCUGCUGCAACAAUCGAUGUGGGAUGUUCCUCUCCAUUAUACUUGCUGCUGUGGGAGUUAUAGGGGGACUGUAUGGAGUUGUUGUAUCGAUUCUGGGUUUGAUAAAUGGACCACGCUGCCUAUACCAGUUCAUAAAUGGGCGCAUUGACUGGGUAAUUCCAUUCAAAAUUGAUCUGGAAUAUCUGAACUUGGAAAGGAGUUAUCUAUUUCAUAAAGAGGUCUGGACUCGAUGCGUUGAGCCUUCUGGAGUGGUUGAGUUCAAUAUCAUUUUAUUUUCAACCAUUUUGGCAUCAAGCAUCAUCGUAUUAGUCCUCUGUGCAAUACAGAUGUUGAAUGGCUUAUUUGGCUGCAUCUGUGGAACAUGUCGAAAUAAGGAAUAA